UCUGUACGCAGUGGAGAGAAGACCGCUGAGCCGAAAGUGACGAACCAAUGAAAAACACAGCAACAAACAGCAGACGCGUAUGAGGAGAGAAGCCAAAGCCAAAGCUAAAAACCAAAGCCGAAAGAAGGGCAAACGAGUCGAGAGAGAAAAAGCACUCACUUUCCUGUGCUCUCUGAAUUAGGGUUCUUCUGUUGCUUUUUUCUUCUGUUUCCGCUCGGAUUCAAUGCAUUUUCCUCGCGAUUCGCACAAGCACAGCACGAGAUCCACUGCCUCGGAUGAGCGACGUGUUUGAGAUCUCCGUUUUGAGCUCUCAUUUGCGCUGUGUUAUGUUCGGCUGUUCAUGUGAAGCCGUGGAUGAUAUUUCGGUCACUGCCAAGGGAGUAGCAGAGGAAUCUUCGGGACGAUGACGAUCGGAGUUUGUUUUCUUGUUUCGAUUUGGUUUCAGAGUGUGAGAUUCAAAGCUCCUCCGAUCUUACGGUAAAUCUUCCUUCAUCGUGCUUUUUCAGACCUUCACGAGUUGGUGGUCUUUGCUCUUGUGAACGCCGUGCGGAAGCUUUCGUGUCUCUGCCGAGGAUUCGAAUCACCGAAUUGUCUGCUUCUCUGAGGGCGAGAAACUCUCGAAAAAACGCCGAGAUAGCGAGCAGAAUUUGGAGAUGAGAAUGCUUUUUGUGCAUUUGUGAUUGUUGUUUUGUGGAACUGUGGUAUUUCGAGUGUAUUUGGUUAAGUUCGGUUUCCAGUGAUAUCGGUUGGUUGAAGAAGCCCUAAUAUCGAAGGAUUUAUAUUUCCUCGUGUUCGGCGCUAUUCGUAUUGGGAAGAAACGAAGGAUAACAACGUUUCAGUCGGGUAAUCAGUUGUCCAUUGUCGGUUUCUCUGAUAUUCUUGUAUAUCGUGAAUAGUUUAUUAUACAAUAUUAAAGACCUCAAGAUACUAACCGGAGGUUCAGGGACAUUCUCAUCUAAUACUUCUGGACACGUAUUUCUUUAUUCUUCCGGAAAAGGAAAGCAGAAAAUUCGUUUAGAGCCCAGUGGUUUGGUUUUAAUGGAGACUGUGACGGAUUUGUGUAGUUGAGGGUGUGGAUUUCUGCCGAGGGAAGAGAAGCUACUCCUGCUACAUUUCUGAUUUGGGUUUGUGAUCAGAAGUGUUUGAACGGUUUGAAGUGAUGAUGGCAAUGUCCUGCAAGGAUGGUAAGGGAGCGUCAGUGAUGGACAACGGUAAAUAUGUCCGCUACACACCUGAGCAGGUUGAAGCCCUCGAGAGGCUCUAUCACGAGUGCCCCAAACCCAGUUCCAUCCGACGGCAACAGCUCAUCCGGGAGUGCCCUAUUCUCUCCAAUAUCGAACCCAAGCAAAUCAAAGUUUGGUUCCAGAACAGAAGAUGCAGAGAGAAGCAGAGGAAAGAGGCCUCACGGCUUCAAGCCGUGAACAGGAAGCUGACCGCCAUGAACAAACUUCUGAUGGAAGAGAAUGAUAGGUUGCAAAAACAGGUGUCACAACUUGUGUAUGAAAAUGGCUACUUUCGCCAACAUACCCAGAACACGACCCUUGCCACUAAAGACACAAGUUGCGAGUCAGUGGUGACAAGUGGUCAACAGCACUUGACGCCUCAGCAUCCCCCAAGGGAUGCUAGUCCUGCAGGGCUUUUGUCCAUUGCAGAAGAGACUUUAACAGAGUUUCUUUCAAAGGCCACUGGAACUGCUGUUGAGUGGGUCCAAAUGCCUGGAAUGAAGCCUGGUCCGGAUUCCAUUGGAAUCGUUGCUAUUUCUCAUGGUUGCACAGGUGUGGCAGCACGAGCCUGCGGCCUGGUGGGUUUAGAGCCUACAAGGGUUGCAGAAAUCCUAAAAGAUCGGCCUUCGUGGUUUCGCGACUGCCGAGCAGUGGAUGUUCUGAAUGUGCUGCCUACUGCUAAUGGUGGAACCAUUGAGCUGCUUUACAUGCAGCUCUAUGCGCCAACCACAUUGGCGCCUGCUCGUGACUUCUGGUUGUUACGAUAUACCUCUGUCUUGGAGGAUGGCAGUCUUGUGGUAUGUGAAAGAUCACUUAGUAACACUCAAAAUGGUCCAAGCAUGCCACCAGUUACUAAUUUUGUGAGAGCAGAGAUGCUGCCUAGUGGAUAUUUGAUUCGACCUUGUGAAGGGGGUGGCUCAAUUAUCCACAUUGUUGAUCAUAUCAAUCUGGAGGCAUGGAGUGUUCCCGAAGUCUUGCGCCCACUCUAUGAGUCUUCAACUGUGCUUGCUCAGAAAACUACAAUGGCAGCUCUACGCCACCUGAGGCAGAUAGCUCAGGAGAUUUCUCAGUCUAAUGUCACCAACUGGGGUAGAAGACCCGCAGCUCUACGUGCACUUAGCCAGAGGUUGAGCAGGGGUUUUAAUGAGGCUCUCAAUGGAUUUACUGAUGAGGGGUGGUCCAUGAUGGGAAAUGAUGGCAUGGAUGAUGUCACCAUUCUUGUGAACUCUUCACCCGAUAAACUAAUGGGUUUAAAUCUAUCCUUUGCUAAUGGAUUUCCAGCUGUUAGCAAUGCUGUCUUGUGUGCAAAAGCAUCAAUGCUUUUGCAGAAUGUGCCCCCUGCAAUACUUCUGAGGUUCUUGCGAGAGCACAGGUCAGAAUGGGCAGACAACAGUAUUGAUGCUUACUCUGCUGCGGCAGUUAAAGUUGGUGCCUGUAGCUUACCAGCCGCACGAGUUGGAAAUUUUGGGGGCCAAGUUAUACUUCCUCUUGCGCACACCAUUGAACAUGAAGAGUUGUUGGAGGUCAUUAAACUGGAAGGUGUUGGCCAUUGCCCUGAAGAUGCAAUAAUACCUAGGGACAUGUUUCUCUUACAACUAUGCAGUGGAAUGGAUGAGAAUGCUGUUGGUACCUGUGCUGAACUUAUAUUUGCUCCUAUUGAUGCAUCUUUUGCUGAUGAUGCACCACUUUUGCCUUCUGGUUUUCGCAUCAUUCCUCUUGAUUCUGGAAAGGAAGCAUCGAGUCCAAAUCGCACCCUUGAUCUUGCUUCUGCUCUUGAGAUUGGACCAGGUGGAAAUAAAGCAUCAACUGACUAUACUGUUAAUAGUGGCAGUACAAGAUCAGUAAUGACAAUAGCAUUUGAAUUUGCAUUUGAAAGCCACAUGCAAGAAAAUGUAGCAUCAAUGGCCCGGCAGUAUGUCCGCAGCAUUAUAUCUUCAGUUCAGAGGGUGGCUUUGGCACUUUCUCCAUCUCAUCUAAGUGCCCAUGGUGGGCUUCGGACUCCAUUGGGUACUCCUGAAGCAAAUACACUUGCCCGGUGGAUCUGCCAUAGUUACAGGUGCUAUUUGGGAGUAGAGCUACUCAAAUCUGGCAGUGAAGGAAGUGAAUCCACCCUUAAAACACUUUGGCAUCAUUCAGAUGCUAUCAUGUGCUGCUCUUUAAAGGCAUUGCCAGUUUUCACAUUUGCUAACCAGGCUGGUCUUGACAUGCUUGAGACAACCCUGGUUGCCCUUCAAGACAUUACUCUUGAGAAGAUAUUCGAUGAUCAUGGAAGAAAAACGCUCUGCUCCGAGUUUCCACAAAUAAUGCAACAGGGUUUUUCUUGCCUUCAAAGUGGCAUAUGUUUAUCAAGCAUGGGGCGGCCAGUUUCUUACGAGAGAGCCGUGGCUUGGAAAGUGUUGAAUGAAGAAGAAAACCCACAUUGCAUCUGCUUCAUGUUCAUGAACUGGUCAUUUGUGUAAGGGGGCCAGUCAGAUGAACCCACAGUCGUGCUAGAACUCCUUAAAAAAUGCUGCUGUGCUGUAUGUUUUAUUUUUGAAGUACACUAUUGCGGGUGGCAAAACUCUUUUUUAAGUACUGUUAACUGUUGACUGUCUUUGGUAUUUGUUGCCUCCAGCUUGCUCUAGAACUUUCCACUUGGCCGAGAACUCAGUACGUACUUUGUGGGCCAAGCUUUCUUCAACUUUCUUAGUGGAAACUAAUGUGUUGUAGUGGUA